AUGUCUCACGAAACUUCCUCACCGACAUCCUCGAACCCGCCAGAUGAACUCCCGAGCCCUACCAUGAAGAACAAACAUGCUCAAAAUUACAGAUUACGCGUAACAGCAGGCUUAUCCUACGAUACUAGAACCCAUGUCGUCGUCCCUGUCAAUGCGCCGCAAACCCUUCACCUUGACUCGGAGCAUAUGCUGCUAUCUGUCGCUGUUCGAAUAAAGAAGUUCACUGGCCUUCCCGCCUCAUUGCCUACCACCUCACCAUACUUCACCCAUCCGCUCCACCUAUCCGAUCAAUACAGCAUUUCGUUCUCAUUCAUUCCCAAAGUCGAUAUACCAGGCAAUGACUUGCUCUUCGGCAACAACUUCGACAGACCAAUACGAGACCGAUUGCCUCCAGGCUUCAACCAAGCAUUCAAGAUCGUUAAAUGGUUCAUCGACCCUGGUCUUGAAGGCGAUCCGUACGCCGACAGACCAUAUCUAUAUGGUCCCGCAUUAAGCAGUUGGAACAUCUUGAGGAUUGGGGAAAAGAUCUUCGAGCCACAAAAGUCCAGAUCCAACGGUGAUGCUGAAGAGGAAGACUCCCCGUCGACCAAAGAAGCUGAACAGACGGAGGACACAGACGCGUGGAAAAUCCCUAACGUAGAGUCCUUUCACGAAACCAUCGUCGAAGAAGGUGCCGAAGGUUCAGGCGCCAAAGUCCGCUCUUCGCUCUCCAUCCCACCUGACUUUAGCGCCCGCAAGAGGCAUUUCCUCACGGAAUCCAAUCGCGAGAAAUUCAUCUUUGAAGCCGGCCGAUUAUACCAAUCCGACUUCGGAAACCCAUACCUCGAUUUCAACGACUUCAGCCUAAAGCUACCCGGCUUCAGUCUCAACGUCAUUAAAUACGUGGAUGAGAAGACACAUGAACUGAGAUAUGUGCUCAAGAACCGCACAACUGAUGAUAUUUACGCGGUUGUGCUGUUUUCGCUGCUAUUUGGGGAUGAGAGGGAUGAGAUCGGGCAGAGGGAUCAUCCACCGUUGGAUGAGGAGGCUCCGAAGGCAGAAGAGGCUGUGAAGGAGAAGAUAAACAAUACCAGCAGAGCUACGGACCUGAAAUUUGGAGAUGAGAAACCGCCGGGUGAAGAUGACGUCGAUUGA